AAAGAAAUGAAGAGUAUGAGAGACUGAAGAGAGAGAGAGAGAGAGAGAGAGAGCAAUGGCUUCACCGGCGAUCCAGAGAUCUCCAAUGGCUUCUUCUGCUUCUUCGCCUCUCCAACGCCCUUCAACCUUCAAAGACAGAGCCACUCCCGCAGCCCCCACCUCCGCCGCUUCUCCAACCCUAACCCCUCCCUCCUCCGCCACUCCCUUCUCCUCCCCCCUUGAUUCAUUCGCCUCCGAUCCCAUCUUCUCGGCCUUCCUCUCCCCUGACUUCGACUCCGCCCGCUUCUCCUCCGCCGCCCUCUCCUCCGGCUCCGCCGCCUCCCGAGCAGAGAAGCUCCAGGACGGCAUCCGCCUCCUCGAGAAGCAGCUCCGCUCCGAGGUCCUCUCCCGCCACGCUGACCUUCUCUCGCAGCUCUCCUCCAUCCGAGACGCCGAUUCCUCCCUCUCUGCCAUCCGAUCCGCCGUCUCCACGCUCCAAUCUUCCGUACGCCGCGUGCGCUCCGAGAUCGCCGAUCCCCACCGCCAGAUCCGCGCCAAGACGCUCCAGCUCUCCAAUCUCCAUCACUCCACUCACCUCCUCCAGUUCACCAUUCGCGUCCUCCGUCUCUCAAAGAAGUUCCGCGAUGUUAUGGUAGUUGCGGAUUCCGAGCCAGAGAAGCUCGACCUCGCCAAGGCCGCGCAAUUCCACUGCGACAUUUUGAGCAUCUGCAACGAGAAUGACCUUGCCGGCAUUGCCGUGAUUGAUGACGAGUUAAAAUGGGUGUUCGAAGCGGGGAAGAAGUUGAGAUCGGAAGGAAUGAGGGUUUUGGAGAAGGGUUUGGAGGGAUUGAAUCAGGCCGAGGUCGGCGCCGGACUGCAAGUCUUUUACAAUCUCGGGGAAUUGAGAGCCACAGUCGAUGGGUUGAUAAACAAGUACAAGAAUCAGGGUGUGAAAAGUGUGAGUGUUACAUUGGAUAUGAAGGCCAUUUCAGCUUCUUCUGGUGGUGGGCUUGGGCCUGGUGGAAUACAGAGGAGCGGUACGCCCCAGAUCGGCGGUGGAGCGAAGGCCAAGGAGGCGCUGUGGCAGAGGAUGAGUACGUGCAUGGAUCGGCUGCAUUCCAUUAUGGUCGCAGUUUGGCAUUUGCAGCGGGUGCUUUCAAAGAAGAGAGAUCCAUUUACCCAUGUUUUGCUGCUUGACGAAGUCAUGCAGGAAGGUGAUGCAAUGUUAACAGAUCGUGUUUGGGAGGCACUUGUAAAAGCUUUUGCAAGCCAAAUGAAAUCUGCUUUCACAGCUUCAAGCUUUGUGAAAGAGAUAUUUACUGUUGGGUAUCCAAAGCUAUACUCCAUGAUAGAAAAUCUUCUUGAAAGGAUUUCACGUGACACAGAUGUCAAAGGGGUUAUACCUGCUAUUACCUUAGAAGGAAAAGAUCAACUGGUUACUGCCAUUGAAAUAUUUCAGACAGCUUUCUUGACUCUCUGUCUGGGUCGCCUGUCAGAUCUUGUUAAUAAUGUAUUUCCAGUAUCAAGCCGUGGAAGUGUUCCCUCCAAGGAGCAUAUAUCGAGAAUUGUAUCACGCAUUCAGGAAGAAAUUGAAGCUGUUCAGCCUAAUGGGCGGUUGACUCUUCUAGUCUUGAGAGAAAUCACCAAAGUGCUGCUUUUGCUGGCACAGAGAGCUGAAUAUCAGAUAUCUACUGGCCCUGAAGCACGUCAGAUAACUGGUCCUGCAACUGCAGCGCAACUCAAGAACUUUGCUUUAUGUCAGCAUCUGCAGGAAAUUCAUACACGCAUCUCAGCUAUGAUGACAGGGUUGCCCCCUAUUGCUUCUGAUGUAUUGUCUCCGUCAUUAGGCACCAUAUAUGGGGUUGCUUGUGACUCAGUAACAUCCUUGUUCAAAGACAUGCUUGACCGUCUUGAGGCUUGCAUCCUGCAAAUUCAUGAACAAAACUUUGGUGUGCUUGGCAUGGAUUCUGCCAUGGACAACAAUGCAUCGCCUUAUAUGGAAGAGCUGCAGAAGUGCAUUCUUCAUUUUCGCAGCGAAUUCCUAUCUAGGCUUUUGCCUUCCUCAGCAAAUGCCAGGUCGACGGGGGUUGAAAAUAUUUGCACCAGGCUUGCUAGGAGCAUGGCUUCACGGGUUCUUGUAUUCUUCAUCAGGCACGCUUCUCUUGUUAGACCCCUCUCUGAAUCAGGCAAAUUGAGAAUGGCAAGGGACAUGGCUGAACUGGAAUUGGCUGUGGGACAGAACUUGUUCCCAGUAGAACAGCUCGGUGCACCAUAUCGUGCCCUAAGAGCAUUUCGGCCUAUCAUUUUCUUGGAAACAUCUCAACUGGGAGCAUCUCCUCUUCUGCAGGAUCUGCCACCAAGUGUCAUACUUCACCAUCUUUACUCCCGCGGCCCAAAAGAAUUGCAGUCACCGAUGGAAAGGAACAGGCUUACGCCUCUACAGUAUUCACGAUGGUUGGAUUCUCAAGGGGAGGAUCAGAUCUGGAAAGGCAUCAAAGCAACUCUAGAUGAUUAUGCUGUAACUGUAAGGGCAAGAGGAGACAAGGAGUUCAGCCCUGUGUAUCCUCUGAUGCUGCAAUUGGGGUCAUCUUUGUCAGAGAGGGUUUGAAGACUACAUGAAUCUUUAAAAGUAAACCAAAGGGACUUUAAAUGAAAAUGAUUCAACCCAUAGGGGGUGGUAAGGUACGUAGUACUUUCCCAUUUUUCUUCCGGGGCCAUCUGGCUUGGGACUACCUGGGCAGGUUAGUACUUGAAUGACUUUUGAAAUUAAUGAAAAUAUUUGUUUGCUUCUUAAAAUUGAAGUAGUUUAAUAGAAUGAGUUAUCCAAAUACGUUGUCUUUUUGAAGUAUUUUUGGUUAAUUCCAAAACCAAAAUAUAUAAAUUUUAAAAAUAUCAUGAAUUUUUAAACUCUUUUAACGUAAUAUUAUACUUUUUAAG